AUGAGCACCAAAACGCAAUUGCCGUCGGCGUCAGAGCAAAAGGGUCACGAGUCGGAAUAUGCGGAAGAGAUUAAGAACCCAGGACUCGAUAUUUUGUCACUUUCGCGUGCAGUCAGAGCAAGAAAAGCCGAAUACACGCGCCGGCGAUCUAUCCGAGUCAAGGUCGGCACGUGGAAUGUAGCCGGCAUAUCCGGCACCGAGAAAGACAUUGGAAAGUGGUUUGUUCAUGGAGUCGGGGUGUGCGAGAAGUUCUCUGGGACAAACUUCGCACGGGAUCCAGAAUCCCAAUCGCCCAGUAAGCGUGACCAGCAGCAACCAGACGGCACAAAAAAAGGAACCUUUCACUACAGUCCCGAAGAGAUAGACCUCUACGUCUUGGGUUUGCAAGAAGUGGUCGAUAUCUCUUCCCCAACAGAAGCGCUCCGGCCAUAUGUCGACCUGGCACCGUCCAAGCGGUGGAAGGAAGCAGUUCAAAAGGCGCUACCUGAAAGAUAUCAGCUAGUCGCUGAAGUUCAGCUGGUCGGCUUGUUACUUGUGAUAUAUGCGUCGCCCGCCAUUGGAGACAGUAUUUCCUCUAUCAGUAGUACCUCUGUUGGUACGGGGCUGAUGGGGUACAUGGGAAACAAGGGUGCUGUGGCAACGCGCCUUGUCCUGGGCGAAACGACCCGUUUGGUCUUUAUCAACUGUCAUCUCGCAGCAGGGUCCGACAAAGGCAGCUUGGAGCGACGGAACUGGGACUCUUCUCAGAUUGUCCAACGUGCUAAAUUUGAUCCGGUUUGGUUUGAAGGUGACGACAAAUCGGGUGAAUCGAGCGAAGCAAUUGGCGAUGAAGAUUUCACUUUCUGGUUUGGUGACCUCAACUACCGCCUUGAUGAUAUCUCUGGUGACGACGUGCGCCAAGUCCUCACUCGGCAUACUGUCAACGAGUAUGACAAAAAGCGUCAGGCAAAACAGUCGUCAAGCCAUUCUAGGGACUCUACUGCCGAUUCUGAUGAUGAGUCGCCUUCGUCUUCUUCCCCCGGAGAAGAGGAGAUGGGGCCAGUCACCGAACCUGUCACUGACGAAGAGAUCGAUCCUCAUAAUGACCCUGCGUCUCUUCAAACUACAAUUUCCUCACUCCUCCCACACGAUCAACUCGGACUUCAACGGAGAAAAGGAGCAGCCUUCCACAAAGGUUGGCGGGAAGGCCAAAUCACAUUCUUGCCGACGUAUAAAUACGACAUUGGGAGUGUGGCCAUGUUUGAUUCGAGCGAGAAGCAACGGGGUCCUAGCUGGUGUGAUCGGAUUCUCUUCCGCUCUCACCUGGACAAGUUGAGACAUGAGAAGCUGGACCAGGAAGCGGAGGAGGCCCGGAAGAGGGACGAGGAGAUGAAGGCAAGCGGGCUGGACAAAGCUGUUGCCGAUGAUAAUGUCUUGUUCGAAUAUGACCCUGACGCAGACGGUGUAAACAGCGAGGGGUAUAUAUCAGAUGAAGAUCAGGCUCAUGAUGAUGAUGAUGCAGGCACAGUUGCGUCGUUUGACUCCCAUGAUCCAAUUCGGUUGGAUCAUUAUGUGUCACAUCAAGGCAUUCUUUCGUCGGACCACAAGCCUCUGGGUGCCAUUUUCACCUUGAGUUUUGAUGCGGUCAAUCGCGAUCUCAAAGCAAAAGUUCAUCAAGAAGUGGCCCGUAAAUUGGACAAGGCCGAGAACGAAUCUCGGCCGGAUCUUACGGUUGUGGUAGAUAAACAUGGUGACCAAAAGCAUUCAGAUAAAGAUCCUGAUACUGUCGAUUUCGGCGAUAUUGCCUUUGAUGUGCCAGCUCAUCGGUCCCUGACUAUUGCCAACACCAGCGGUACUGCAGCCACUUUUUCAUUUGCGGAGCGGCAUAAUGUUGAUGACGAGACCAUCACACAAACGCCUUCGUGGCUUAUUCUACACGUGUCCAAAUCUGCAGACACCGCCAACAGCGCUGGCCAAACGAUAACUUCUUCGUCCGGGAGCCACACACUGCUCCCUGGGGAAGUUGCAAAUGUCGAUGUCACGGCUUAUGUUCGCGACAUCGAACACGUCCGGUUGCUUAAUAUUGGAAAGGUCAAACUAGAAGACAUCCUCGUCCUUCAUGUCGAUGGCGGCCGCGACCACUUUAUCUCUGUGCAUGGCCGUUGGCUACCCACCUGCUUCGGUUGCAGUGUCGACGAGUUGACUCGCAUGCCAGAAGCGGGUGCUCGAAGUUUGGCCGAAUCCAAGACCCCUCAUCCAUCUAGAACAGAUGGUUCCACGGAAAUCCGUUUGUCUGCACCCCGCGAGCUUUUCCGACUCACUGAGGCGAUCUCUGACCUGACUGAGCGUGCUGUCGCAGAGUGGAGCAUGACAAAUGGUGAAUCCGAGGAGCAUAAAGCCCCAUGGAAGACGGAUCCCUACGGGGAAGCAUGGCCCUUCCAACCUGAUACAUGGACUCUAAAGGACCCCGAGAAGCGUGCUGCGCUGCAAAAUUCCGUGCGUGAAGCCCUUGAUACCAACCAGUCCCUCAGUUCAAUAUUUGCCCCCGAGUUAUCCUCUCUUCACCGGUUGGAGGUUCUAUCUGAAACCCUUCUCACUUUCCUCAACGCGCUCAAAGAUGGCAUCGUCACCGCGAAAGUAUGGCAAGACAUGGAGCAGCAGAUAAUCGCGCGCGAGAAAAGCAAAUCACUUCCUCGAACCUGGGAUGAAACCCAGGCCUGGGUGCUUGAGCACCUGGCCUACUCACCAGCACACAGCGUAUCAUUCACGUUUGUGACUUUCAUGCUCGCCCGCAUCGCCAAUGAGGUGGCCCCAGUAUCGUCCGCUACACCGAUGGUCCCAGUACAUUCCAGACAAGGAAAGCACGGCGACCCCAAAGAAUCGGCAGACAAGCAGGCUGAAUCUGCAAACCAGGAUGAAGGUCAACCUCCUACUCCAGCUUCCGCUAGUGCCUUUGUUACCAGCGGCAGUUUCCGCCGUAAGAACCGCUCCACAAGCACAUCCACUGGUACCAGCCCUGAACCCGCUGGUCAGAACCCUUCGAUACCACGUCGACAAGCGGUUGAGACUGCUCUAGCAUCGAUCUUUUCGCUCGUACUUAUUUCUGCCUCUGCCCCACUGCCAUCCAAAGAGAAAGAGCGUCGGAUAUCUGAAGAGCGGAGGCGAUCAAUCAUUGAACCGUUCUUAAAGAUGAUUGGAGUGGAUGAUCAAGGCCCAUCUGGGGGUCGGUCUUGA